UAUCCCUUGAACAGUUUAUGCCUUUCACGUCCUGUCGAAGCCGUCUCAAGACCGAUAGUGACCUCAGGGAAGCAGUCUUGGGACAUCACUAGCGAUGGAUGCCGUCGGAGCGAGUUUAAGCGCAAACAUACACGGGACCAGCGAUGGUGAAGAUCUGGGUGUAAAUGGCGGAGAUCCCACGCUGGGGGCUCCCCAGAACGGUCAGCGUCGGAAUGGACCGCUGCUCGACCACGUUGAGGGACAGCGCUUCCUGGAGGAAGCUUUUCAGAUUAUCCUGGAGGAGGCGCUGCGUCAGGGCGUCGACCCCAAAGAGAAGGUUUGCGAGUGGAAGGAUCCGGAGGAGCUGCGGACGCUGCUGGACCUCCAGCUGCGGGACGGCGGCGAGUCACAUGACCAGCUGCUGCAGCGUGUCCGAGACGUGGUCAAGUACAGCGUCAAGACCUGUCACCCACUGUUCUUCAAUCAGCUGUUUGCUGGGGUGGAUUACCACGCCCUGGCCGGACGAUUCCUCACUGAAACGCUUAAUACCAGCCUGUACACCUAUGAGGUCGCCCCUGUGUUUGUCCUGAUGGAGGAAGUGGUUCUGUCGCAGCUGCGCUCCCUGGUGGGCUGGGAGGAGGGGGAUGGGAUCUUCUGCCCUGGGGGCUCCGUCUCAAACAUGUACGCCAUGAACGUGGCGCGAUACCGGGCCUUCCCCCAGGUCAAACUGCAGGGCCUGUGGGCCGUGCCACGCCUCGCCGUCUUCACUUCCCAAGAGGGCCACUACUCCAUCUACAAAGCAGCUUCUUUUGAAGGCAUCGGACUGGAGAAUGUCUUCUUGGUGAAUGUGGACGAAAGAGGCCGCAUGAUUCCAGAAGACCUAGACCUGAAAAUUGAGCUUGCUAAAAUGCAGGGGGCAGUGCCAUUUUUAGUCAGCGCCACAUCGGGCACAACCAUCCAGGGCUCCUUCGACCCACUGGACAGGAUAGCCGACAUCUGUGAGAAACAUGGCCUAUGGAUGCACGUGGAUGCAGCCUGGGGCGGCAGCGUGCUCCUAUCCCAGAGGCACAGACACCUGAUGAAGGGCAUUGAGAGGGUGGAUUCAGUGGCCUGGAACCCUCACAAGAUGCUUCUGACAGGACUGCAGUGUUCUGUCUUACUGCUGAAGGAUACCACGAACCUGCUGAAGCAGUGCCACUGUGCCAACGCCGGCUACCUGUUCCAGCAGGACAAGUUCUAUGACGUGAGCCUGGACACGGGGGACAAAUCUGUGCAGUGCGGCCGGAGGGUGGACUGCCUGAAACUGUGGCUCAUGUGGAAAGCAGUGGGCACUCAGGGCCUGGAGGAGCGGGUGGACAAAGCCUUCACCAACACCAGGUACCUUGUUGAAGAGAUGAAAAAGAGAGAAGGCUUUCGCUUGGUUAAUGAGCCACAGUUUGUGAAUGUGUGUUUCUGGUUCAUACCGCCAAGUCUGAGAGUGAUGGAAGACAGUGAGGAUUACAGAGAGAGGCUGGCGAAGGUGGCACCAACCAUAAAGGAGCGCAUGAUGAGGAAGGGAAGCAUGAUGGUUGGCUAUCAGCCACAGAAAGGGAGGGUCAACUUCUUCCGCAUGGUGGUGCUCUCCCCGCAGAUACGCCAGGAGGAAAUGGACUUCUUCUUGGAUGAGAUCGAGAGCCUGGGUCGAGACAUGUAACAAAGCAACCUGGAACAUGGCAAUCAAAGACCACGUUUACCGUCUUACCAUUUUUUUUUUACCUUUCCUUCUUAUCGUCCCAUUUUUAUUCAGAUUUUCUUUAAUUUCAGUAUUUAGAUCCAAUAGGAAGAAAGCGUUAUCAUCUUAAAGCUUUUUACGGGUAUGUUGUUAGUUUAGUGUAGUGACUAAUUGGCGGCAUGGGUCAGCAAAUAUUUUAGAAAAAUAAAAUAAUGAUUAUAUUUUACUCUUAUAAACCUUUUCACCCUCUGUUACUGUAUGAAUUUUUGUGUCACACACUACUCAUAAUGGGAUUCUGCAAAAGGAUAAAGUUUAUCCCUGUACUAUAAAAACAUAGCAUCCACACAUCAAUAAUUCACCAACUCAUUGGCUGAAUGUAUGUGCUUUUUUCAAUGUUAACGUUGGUGUAUUUUAUACAUUCUAGAAUGAAAGGAAUUUAAAACUAUUUUUGAGAAGAAACUGGUUGCCUUUAUUUACUGCAUUUAUUUACAAUGUGACUGUUUCCAUCAAUGUUAAAGAAAUAAACAAAUUUAGUUGGAAUAAUAAUCUGAAGAAAUGAGUGUGUAUGAACUUCACAUUUAAUUGUACUAUAUUCAUGUUAUUAGGUGCUAAGAAAACUCCUUUAAAAACAAAUAUAUCAUAUAAUGUGUUGUAUAAAUUGAUGUUUCACAAAACAAUUUCACAAAUGUCUUACUGUGACAUUUGCAUUUUCAUCUGAAUGUUUUCUUGACCACCUAAGAAAUAUGAAUCAACCAUUUAAAAAAAUGCCUUGUUUAUUUUGUGAGCACUAUGGCUCGUCUCAAGUCCAGGAUAAUUCCAUCGUUUCAAAUUCAAACAAGAAUACCACUUCCCUGGCUUAAUGUUGAAGUUUGUCCAGAAGUUGCUCUGUCCUAAGUGAUGUAUGGCAGGUAUUGUGUUGAUCAUGAUUCAUCCAUUUAUUUACUGCCCAUUCACAUUAAAUAAAAUGACAAUAUUAGUUAGAAUCAUCUCACUUGGUAGCUGUGUUGAAAUAUGGAGACAGCCCGACUUUGACUAUUCCCAAAUCGAUUGUAUUUUUUAAUUGUAAUUUGGUGAAAAUAAAAUGUUGCCAUAUCUUUAAA